AUGAGUCCUCUGGGCCAGGUUAGUGUGCAGCCUACCUGGAACGCAGCCCUGCUCGCCGUGCUCUCUCUCAUGGUGCCUGCUCUCAGUAUGUGCCAGUCCACAGGCCCUGCGUUGGGCUCGGCUUACCCCCAGAACUGUCCAGGUGUGUGCUCCUGCACUAACCAGCUCAGCAAGGUGGUGUGUACCCGCAGAGGCCUGGUUAGGGUUCCUCCGAACAUCCCAGCCAACACCAGGUACCUGAAUCUGAUGGAAAACAGCAUAGAGACCAUACAGGCAGAUACCUUCAGACACCUGCAUCACCUGGAGGUGCUGCAGCUGGGCAGAAAUGCUAUCAGGCAGAUUGAAGUGGGGGCCUUCAAUGGUCUGACCAGCCUGAAUACCCUGGAGCUGUUCGACAACAGACUUACGGUCAUACCUAGUGGAGCUUUUGAGUACCUGUCAAAGUUGAGAGAGUUGUGGCUUAGAAACAAUCCCAUUGAGAGCAUCCCCUCCUAUGCCUUCAACCGUGUCCCCUCGCUCAUGAGACUGGACCUGGGAGAGCUGAGGAAAUUGGAGUACAUUUCUGAUGGGGCAUUCGAGGGCCUUCAGAACCUCAAGUACCUCAACUUGGGGAUGUGCAACCUGAAGGAGUUUCCUCACCUUUCACCUCUGGUGGGAUUGGAGGAGCUAGAAAUAUCAGAGAAUGUUUUCCCUGAGCUGAAGCCUGGGGCUUUCCGUGGGCUCAAGAAUUUACGUAAACUGUGGAUUAUGAACUCUGCCAUCACAACCAUCGAGAGGAAUGCAUUUGAUGACAUCACAGCCUUGGUGGAGCUGAAUUUAGCCCAUAAUAACCUGUCGUCCCUCCCCCAUAACCUCUUCACCCCUCUGCAGUACUUGGUGGAGCUACACCUGCACCACAACCCGUGGCGAUGUGACUGUGAUGUAGUGUGGCUCUCCUGGUGGCUCAGAGAAUACAUUCCCACAAAUUCCACCUGCUGUGGACGCUGCCACACCCCGGUUCACAUGAGAGGACGAUACCUGGUGGAAGUUGAUCAGACCACCUUUCAGUGUUCAGCACCAUUCAUACUCGAUGCUCCCAGAGAUCUGAACAUCUCCGCAGCGAGGGUGGCCGAACUGAAGUGUCGCACAGCUGCCAUGAGCUCAGUCCGAUGGCUUCUCCCUAAUGGGACUGUAUUGACCCACGGCUCAGCUCACCCACGGAUAUCUGUCCUUAAUGAUGGGACGCUCAAUUUCUCCAACGUUCUCCCAUCAGACACAGGGGUCUACACGUGCAUGGUGAGCAACAUGGCAGGAAAUUCCAAUGCCUCGGCCUACCUAAACGUCAGCAAUGCCGAACUCAACACAUCUAAUCUGUCCUACUUUACCACCGUAACAGUGGAAUUUUUGGAGCCCACAGUGGAGGAGACCCCUAAACCCAAGCCCACUGUCCCUGCCUCGCCCUCUGUCUUUCAGCCUGUCUUCAUCUCCACACCAACUGUGCUGUUCCAAAAUACUCAGACUCCAAGGCAGGUGUCAAUUCCCACUGCCAGAGUCCCUAGUGGGCCAGCCGCCAGCCUGGAUGAGGUGAUGAAAACCACCAAAAUCAUCAUUGGCUGUUUUGUUGCUGUUACCUUGCUGGCAGCUGCCAUGUUGAUAGCGUUCUAUAAGUUGCGUAAGCGCCAUCAACAGAGGAGCACGGUGGCUGCAGCCAGGACCGUAGAAAUCAUACAGAUGGAGGAAGAAGUUCCUCCCGUUCCACCGCCCACCUCCGGAUCUAGUGGCUCUGAUGACACAGGGUUGGUACUGCCUACAUUAGUGGAACACAACAGCAACACCUUUAAGCCUGGGUAUGUGUCCUCCUCCUCCUCAUCCCGCCAAGGGGGCUACGGAGCCCACUGGACCCAGAACAACUCUCUUCACCGCUCAGUCAGACAGCACCACAGCCACAUCAGCACCAUUGCUGAUCCCUACGUCAUUAAGACUACUCACGGCAAGGAGAAGGUUCAAGAGACCCAAAUCUGA